AUGACGCAACAGCCGCCCUCUGCUUCCUCUUCAACAUCCGGCUUCUUCCAAGCUCUUCCGGUACUUUCACCGCAAUACACAAAUCUCAAAUCACUUCCAGAAUCUCUCCGAGGUCAAUAUUCAAGCGACAUAGAAGCGUCGGACGACAAGGUCAUCGCGCGAAUAUCAGAUCUCUACUUGCCAUACGACGCGACAGAAGCUACCAAGCAUAUUCAUCAUUUAGCACGCCUAGCACUCAAUCCAUCCGUCUUGAAGUACGCUACGGAUGCAGAGACGAACCACCCGGUACUGCGGCCGCUUUCUACUUUCGGCGCGGAAAACACGAACGAUCCCCUGUGGACGACGUCUGGAUGGCAGAAGUUGAAGGAGAUCGGGUAUCGAGAGGGUGUCGUGUCUGUAGCCUAUGAUGAGUCCCACACCAGUUUCAACAGACGUGUGCAGCAGUUUGUCGGAAACCAUGUAUGGAGCUCGACUGGUACGAUGACCGGAUGCCCUCAAAGCAUGACUGACGGCGCUGCGACGUUAUUGAGCAAGCACAAUAGCGAUUCAGAUGGCGACCAACCAGGCCGCAGCGACGUACUGAGGGAAGCAUACGAACGAUUAUGCAGUCGCGACCCAGAUGUGGCUUGGACAAGCGGACAAUGGAUGACCGAGCGAUCUGGCGGCAGCGAUGUGUCUGGUACGGAAACACUUGCUAGACGCAUGACCCCUCAGGAAAUCGCUGCCGAGGCGAGAGACGGAAGAGAUCGCGAUGCGGUUGGUAUGCAAUUGGGCCCUUGGAAGAUACACGGCUUCAAGUGGUUUAGUAGCGCAACAGACUCUGAGAUGGUCGUGCUCCUUGCACGUACAGACAAAGGUGGGCUAUCGGCGUUUUACAUGCCCGUGCGCCGACGUGUAGGUGCGCAGUCGGCGAAUUGCAAUAUCCUAAACGAAAAAGCACUGCCUCGAACCGAACUUAACGGCGUUCGCAUCCAGCGCCUUAAGAACAAGCUGGGGACAAAAUCGUUGCCGACUGCUGAGCUCGAGCUCAAUGGCGCACGCGGCUGGCUUAUCGGCACCGAAGGUCAGGGUGUAAAGGAAAUCUCCGCUAUUCUCAACAUCACGCGCUUACACACGGCUGGCGGCAGCGUUGCGAACUGGGGACGUGGUUUGGCUAUCUGCCGUGCAUAUAGUAAGGUACGCAAAGUUCGUGGCGGACUACUCCAGGAUACCCCAGCACAUCUGGCGUGGAUGGCCGAAGAGACAACCAAGUACUGGGCUAGUGCGCACUUCACGUAUCUUGGUGUCGCCCUGCAGGGCGCUUUGGAACAGAAUUGGGAUGAAAUGGUCGCAAACACGAAGGUCACGCAUUUGAUCCCAAACAACAAGACCACGGUUGCGGCUUUGUUAAGACUAUUGCUGCCUGUGAUGAAGGCUCAAGUUAGCGUGGCAUCCGUUGAUGGCCUGCGGCAGUGCAUGGAGUGCCUCGGUGGUGUCGGGUACUGCGAGAAUAACGAAGACGGUGGCUUGAUGAAUAUUGCGAAAAUCUAUCGCGACAAUCUCGUUAACCCAAUAUGGGAAGGGACAGUCAGCGUUAUGGCAGAAGAUGUCGUUCGAGUGCUUACCGACAAACGACUGGGAGACGGCGAUAUCUUGACAAACAUUUUCGUACCAUGGGUCAAAGGCGUGCUCAGUCGAUGUUCUUCUACUUUUCAAGAGGAAGUUUCACUUGUUGAGGAGAGACUCCAAGCUUUAAAAGAUCUUAUUCACAAUGCUCAGAAAGAAGAGCUGUUAUACCAUGGACGAGAGAUUUUGGAACACCUCGACGUCAUUGUUGGCAGCGCCGUGCUGGUGUACGACGCGCAAGCCAAUCCGGAUGCUGUCGCACGAGAAAUCGCAGUACGGUGGAUUCGCAUGAAAGCACUCUCCGCGCACAAGCACAAGCGCUCUCAGGAUUGGAAGGUCUCAUCAUUCAUGGAUAAGCGUAUCUUUCUUGGAACACCGGACGUAGAUGGAAGUGUGUCGGCGAAACUCUAA